GCAGUGAGUCAACUGUAACAAAACCCGUUCUCAGCAGAGACUACUCCGGCUGGGCUUUAGGCUUUAGGGCACUUUUAUCCUGAUCAAAAUGGAGAUCCCAGUGUUCACGGUGGACGCCUUCUCAAACGCACCUUUCAAGGGAAAUCCUGCAGCUGUGUGUCCACUUAUAGACGAGCUGAAUGAUGAUUUGUAUCAGAAGAUAGCAGCAGAGAUGAACUUGUCAGAAACCACUUUCAUCACUAGGAUCAACCCGUCAGACACUUUCACGACUGGAUCAAGGUUCCACCUCCGAUGGUUUACACCAAAAGUGGAGGUGAAUCUGUGUGGUCACGCCACCCUGGCGUCUGCAGCAGUGCUCUUCAAGCAUAAAAAAAAUGUAAAUCCAACGCUGGUAUUCGAGACCAAGAGUGGAGAUCUGGCCGUGACCCAGAAGAAAGAUAAAUAUGUCAUGGACUUUCCUCUUAAUCCAGCCACCCAGCAGGACCGGAAUGAGUUCAAAGAUAUUAUUAUGGCUGCAGUCGGUCAUCGGCCAGUUAAGGAUGUUUAUCUGAGUCCGGUCACGAAGAAGCUGUUGAUUCGACUGCCUGACAGCUGUGACAGGUCGGUUCUAACUGGUUUGAAAGUUGACCCUGUUGCCCUUCAGAACAGUGAGACAAGUGGAAAAGUCAAGGGACUAAUUGUCACUAUGAAAGGAUCUCUGGACAGUCGACCAGGAUACGACUUCUACUCCCGGUACUUUGCCCCAUGGGUCGGCAUCCCAGAAGACCCAGUCACCGGAUCUGCUCACACCGUCCUGGGUAGCUACUGGUCUAAAGAACUUGGUAAAAAGAAAAUGCUGGCAUAUCAGUGCUCCAGCAGAGGCGGAGAGCUGGAACUGGAAGUGAAAGAUGACGGAAGGAUCAGCAUAGCUGGCGAGGCCACCGCUGUGCUGCAGGGAGUAAUCAGACUGUAGUCGAAAGCACAUGCACCGUUGAGACGGUCAACAUGUACCUACUGAAGCCGAGGAAAAUUAUGAAAAUGUUAUUAAAAACGUCAGAUUCCAUCCCUGUCUGGUCGAUCUGAUGAAGAAACACCACACUGCCAACCACUGUGUGGCAGGGUGAAGCAAGCACAGUCCGCUUUAAUAAGAUAAGUAUCAUUUAUUCAAAUUACAGCAGCAAACAGUUACAAAAUCCUUAAAGUUAAACAAGAAAAACAAAAAGGAAAUCUGAGGUUGCAAGUAAAACAGAUUCACAGAUGUGUGUUUGAGGAAUGAUCAGGUUUUUGCUGCUCACAGUAACCAAAGAGGUAUUGAAUCGUACUUUAACUUCACAGUUUACUGACGGUGGAUUUCAGACGAUAGUUCUGUCCUAAGUAGUGCUUUUCUUCCAAAAUGUCUGGAGUUUAAUUUGUUGUACAAUGUUUUUUUCUCUGUAAUCAUGUUUCUGAACAGCUUCAGUUCAGCUGGUUUGAUAAGAGACUGACUUGGUUUUACUUUAGUUUCUGCAGUCAACAAUAUUUUGCUAUUAAAUAAAACUUCUAAAAGGAAUAAACUAAAUCAUUAA